AUGUCAUCUAUCUUUACUAAAAAGUAUCCGUUUUUAAUUAUAUUUUUUUCAAACAGACACAAAGAAUGGCGUAAAGUAGUUAAGAGAGAGCGACGACGCAGAAUUCGAAAAGGGAAUGCAAGAAAACUAGACCCCCAAGAGAUACUUACUCCCGAAGAGUAUAAAUGUUGGCUUGAAAAUCAAGAAGCCAUGUAUAUGCUAGAAAUUGAGCAUAUUGAAAUUAGUAAUAAGGAGGAAAAUGAUAAAUGGGAAAGGGCUGAGAAAGUUACAAUAGAAAAAUGGCGAAGACUUCAAGAAAAGAAUGAGCAGUUAAGAAUUGAACAUCUACAAGAAAUUGCUAAACAUAAACUAGAAUGGGAAAUGGAGAAAAAACGAAGAGAGGAAGAAGCAGAGAGAUUAAAGGAAAUAGAAGAAGAAAAUAAAAGAAAACAGAUAAUGUUUAUGGAAAAAUUAGAACAAUUUCUAAAAGGUGAUUCAGAAGACCCUCCAGAAGAGUUACUUAUCUCCAGAGAAUCUCGGCCAAAUACAAACCUAUGUCCCUUCUUCUUAAAAACAGCUUGUUGCCGUUUUGGUGAUGAGUGUUCACGAAAUCACCAAUAUCCGGGCAUAAGUAAAGUACUGCUAGCUACAAACUUUUAUUCACACUUUGGGUUAGAAAAUUCCAAUUUCAAUGAAUAUGACACUGACCUUAUGCUCGAAUAUGAUGAUAAAGACACAUACAAACACUUUGUAGAGUUCUUUAAUGAUGUGCUGCCAGAGUUUGAAAAAUAUGGUAAAGUUGUACAGCUAAAGGUGUGUAAUAAUUAUGAGAAACAUCUGAGAGGAAACACAUACGUAGAAUUUAGAGAUUUGCGAAGUGCCGUCGCCGCUUACCAAGGUCUACAUUCACGUUGGUAUGGCGGCAGACAGCUGUCAUUACAAUUCUGUGUAAUAAAGUCUUGGGAUUAUGCAAUAUGUGGCUUGCAUCCACAAAAACGCUGUCCCAAAGGUCGAGGCUGCAACUACUUGCAUGUAUUCAGAAACCCUAAAGAUUUGUUUUCUGGAUAUAAUGGUCACCGUAACAGAAUACGAAGAACACCGCCGAGAUCAUGGAGAUGGUCGGAAUCUCCUGAAAGAGACCCAUCACCAAAAAGAAGACGAUCUCGUUCUAGGAAUUCAAGACAUGAUGAUGGUCGCAGUUCUAGAUAUCACGAUGAAAGAGAUCGCGAAACACCGCGCAAAAGGAAAUCGCGAAGAGAUAGCGUCGAUCGCUGAUCGAUUUAUAGAAAUGUUUAGUUUAUAUAAAUGAAUGUUUUGUUCUCGCUUCAUCUGUAAUAAAAUGUAUGUAUGGCAUA